AUGUCUGUGAGCUUAGCAUGUGGAAAGAGUUGGCUCAGCUCCUGUCACCACGAACCCAUCACACCAGAAGACCUCAUCACGGGGACUCCCAAAGUCCCUGCUGCGGUGCCGCCGAUGUCGGACAGCGUUUCCUCGGAUCCGGCAUCCCCCUCCAGGCCCAGCCGUCCGUCGAUGCCAGGUGUGGCAGCUGUCGGCGCAAAGCAGGUCGUGAGGGGACGCCGCCUUUUCCACGAAUUCCAGACCGCUGUCACUGCAACAUCUGAGCGGGUAGGCCGGGUAUCGUGUUGA